GUAUGUUUAAAAUAAGAAUAUGAAGUAUUUCUUCUUAUAUUUGCAGGUUGACAAGGCAGUGCUAUCCAUCAUGAGUGAUGAGCAAAUGGCUAAAUACAUCACUUCAUAUGGUGACAGAAUAGCUGUCCUCUCCUUCUGUCAACAAUCAAACACCAGCACCACCGAUAAAGAGACGCUUCUACAGAAAUUAAGAGCUAAAAUAGGAGCACGGAAAAUGAAAUCAAAGAAAAAAGGAGUGUCACAAUCAGGUGUGGUGGAGAGGAAAGCAGAGGGGAUGACGAGACCAAAGAACAAUGCAGCAGAAAAGACAACUAGAAAGAUCGAAAUCGGAUGGCUUCAUUUUACUGGCAUCGAUUACCAUCAAGUCAGGACCCAAAAUGGGGGGGGGACAAGGCACGCGAGAAUGGAGAAAGCUUCAACGGUGUCUCUGAUCCUCGAACUGGGAAAGCAGCUGUUUUUCCCAGACGGAGCCUCGACAAAGGGCCGAGCAGAAGACUUUGACUUUGUUGUCUGCGAUUUCAAAAGAAAGGAGAUUGCUUUAAAUGAAUCUAUCGGCAGUCUUUACGACCAAACUAAGUUAAAGCUGCUUAGAUUUUACAUCUGCACCAAAGAACAAGCAGCUUUAACAGAUCAGUCCUUAGAUGAGGAUUCUCAACAGUGUUUAUCCACUUCAGAUGAGGCUGUAUCUGCCAUCACUCCCAUUGAUGCAGAUGAAGCAUUUACUGAUGACCUGGAGCUUGUGCCUUCAUCACGCAGCGACAUCACUGAUCAGAACCUGCUUUUCCAGAUGCAACCAAAGUCCAAAAAACAUAGGGGCACAUCCGAGAUUGUGACUGCACAAGGUUCAACAAAAUCCCAUCUCACUCAUUCAACUCCAAAAGACAAUACAAAAGCCCACAUCGGCCAGGGGCAGGAUACUGAUUCAAGUGAUGAUGAUGUUUUGAAUCAUCUCGAGCCUUCCUCUGAUUUGCCUGACUCCUGCUUUGAAACUAUUGAUCUGACCAGUGCAGUUCUACAAUCUGAGUCUUACUCUGAUGAGCGAGACACUGUUGAAUGGGAUCCAGAAGAUGACCCUCGUGGAGCAUAUGAUGAUUGGAUAGAUGUCAUAACAUUGAAGUCUGGCAACAAUGAGGAUAUCACACAGGUAAUUUAAUUAAAAUAAGCAAAGGAAGUAGAAAUAGUAAUACCAGAAAAAAGGAAGUUUGUCCAAUGUUUGUCCAUUCUGUGAUACAGCAGAAAAAUGACGGUGCAACAUGGCGUCCUCAG